CAGAACAAAAGAUGAUACUUCGAAAUCACUUUACGUUCGACCUGAUACUGGUCUUCUUGUCUCCUGCUGCGAUAAUACAGCUACUUUGAUCAUCAUGCGCUACCUCCCUUUUACUUGUACUCGGACAUCAACACGUCGAAACCAGGAGGUCAUCUUUCUGUCAGACAACGUUAUUUUUUGUCAUUGCACUAAAACGUCUAAAAGCAUGAACCAUGAUUAUGUGACAGAACUAGCCUCAAAUCGCAAGCUUUCCAAGUUUCUACAGCCAAGUGCCAACUUGCGCCGACUGCAGUAUCAUCUUGCGCCAGAACAUGCAGCGCUUCUAGCAUGACGAUGGCAUUCUCAGAGAAUAUCUCUGUUAUACUCAGGCGUCCAUACAAAACAUACAAAUCCUAAAAGCGCCCCUCACGAUGGUCAUUGGAUUGCUCAUAUUGACCUCGAUUCCUACUGUGACUGGCGUCGCUCAAGCCAUCUCCGCCCAGAAGACCCGCGAUGAGCGGCAGAAAGAUGAAAAACGAAUGAAGAAGUUCCACAUCGAUGUGUACUGCGAGGCUGUGAGCUCUCGCACAAAAGAGAUUCAUGAAAAGAGGCUGGUCUUGAGGGAUGAUAGGGUAUGGAUAGGCCCGAGGGAAGCGUUGAAUCCCUGUCCCGAGGGCUAUGUCGCUGAGUGUUUCUACAUCGAGUAUCCGGACAACGAAAGAGUGCCGAUACCGAUUGGCCUUGUGAGCCAGGUUCGCGAGGACCCUCCUUUGCUGAAUUGGCUAUAUGUGGACAAGGACACAAUGGAAGUAAAGUAUGGGAACAAAAGCGCAAGCAUUGAGCAUCAUGUCGGGCCCUGGGACUGGACCGAGGAUGAAGAAGGCAUUACGUUCGAUGAGACGGAAGACUUUACAGCCGUGGAAGAUCCAAAAACCCACAAAUGGCAGAUAUAUUAUGACAUGGAUAACGAUGGAUUAAGCAGAUUUGUACCAAAGGGACGACGGAAGAUACAAGUUAGCCUGGAGAGGACAUUGAUACCUGGAGCCAGUGUGCCUGGAGCAUGAUGGCAGUGAUGGCCUACUGGUUUUAUUUAUACUUGUAAUGACGAAUAUUUAUGCCCAGGAUGUAGCCUGUCUAACCAAAAGGAUACCUUGGGAAUAUUUUAGGAAUUAU